GGCUCAGGGGUCCACAACCCAAAACUGUGGCUGGUACACCAACGGCUGGAGGUGGCGCACUUAACUGGGAGCUGCAUUCAGUAGGAGAGGGUAACCGGAGAGCACCUCAGAGUCACAGAGUGAACCUGGGCUGAUCAGGUGUCUGAGUUGAGAGACCUGAAGGGAGGAUAGAAAGAUGGAGUCCUUUUUCUGUGUGGAGUCAGACGCAAAUUUUAGAUUCGGUGUGACUUUGUAAGGAACAGGUAUAAAAAUGUCUUUAGUAUGUUUGUCUGAGCCAAGAGAGAAACAUUUCUUCUUUUGUCUUUGUUUUAAUUGGUUAUGGGACUGUGCGUGUCUUAUAGAGCAGUGGUAGAGGUGAAAGGAAAAGCUGACAGGUACAAACAGAGAAAAGCAGGUGAGGCGAAGACAAGAAAGGGGUGAGAAGAGUUGGAAAAGUGAUAGAAAAGGAGAGAAGUGAAAAGAAGUCUGUAGCAAGCUGAUUUUCUACUUUGGACUGGCCCUGCUCUGGACUCUAAGCCCUUCAGCCUGCAUGGGACUGAAUGGUCCAGGCAGGCCAAAGGUCCACUGUGUGCCUCUCCUGAGUGACUCCUCCUUGGAGAGAUAAUCAGCUCUCCAGCCUCUCCGGGAUCCAGCUUCCGCUCUGCCCCGGUCUGAAGCCCUGCAGCACUCUGGAAGACUCAACUCAUGUAGCCAGUCCAGAGGGACCUGCACCGAGAGGCUUAUAACUCAACACAGGAGGACUAACAGGAAGCUCUUAUGAAGGUAUACAAAGAAGAAGCUAAAAUGGAGAAUCAUGUCACCCAGAUUUCCCGAGACGACCUGGAAGAACUCAGGGAGGCCUUUAACAGAAUUGAUAUUGAUAACAGCGGCUUCGUGAGCGACUUUGAGCUCCAGGAGCUGUUCAGAGAGGCGAGUUUCUCCCUGCCGGGCUACAAGGUGCGAGAAAUCAUGGAGACCUUCAUCGCUGGAGACACCAACAAGGACGAGAAGAUCAGCUUUGAGGAAUUUGUUUCUAUCUAUCAAGAGCUGAAGAGCAAGGAGUUCAGUGAGACGUUUAGGAAAACCAUCACAAGGAGAGAUGGGAUCCGCUCCUUUGGAGGAACGUCAGGAAACUCCAGCGAGGGGACGCAGCACUCCUACUCUGAUGAGGAGAAGGUGGCAUUUGUCAACUGGAUCAACAAAGCCUUGGCGAAGGAUCCAGACUGCCAACAUCUGCUUCCCAUGAACCCAGACGAUGAAAGCCUCUUCACUUCUGUCCGUGAUGGCAUCUUGUUAUGCAAAAUGAUCAACUUGUCUCAGCCUGACACGAUUGACGAAAGAGUCAUCAACACUAAGAAACUUGCCACCUUCACAAUGACAGAGAAUCUGGUCCUGGCUCUAAACUCAGCCUCAGCGAUCGGCUGUAUGGUGGUGAGCAUUGACGCCCAUGAUCUGAUGGCUGGGAAACCCCAUUUAGUCCUGGGACUGCUCUGGCAGAUUAUCAAGGUUGGCCUUUUUGCUGAUAUAGAAAUCAGCAGGAACGAAGGUCUAAUGGCCCUUCUGACAGACAAUGAGAGUCUGGAACAUCUGAUGUCGCUCUCCCCUGAGGAGCUGCUGCUUCGCUGGGUCAACUAUCAUCUAAGAAACGCAGGAACAAGCACCAUCAGCAACUUCAGUGAAGACAUUAAGGACUCGCGAGCCUACUUCUACCUGUUGGACCAGAUUGCUCUCCAAGACGACUAUAAAAUGAGUGUCAAGAUUGACAUGAGCGGCCUCAAUGAGCGUGAUUUGGACCAAAGGGCUGAGCUAAUGCUGCAACAGGCGGCCCGGCUAGACUGCAGACAGUUUGUUUCUCCUCAUGACGUCACAUCUGGGAACAGCAAACUCAACAUGGCCUUCGUAGCGAACCUGUACAACAUGCAUCCUGGUUUGCAGAAGGCUCAGAUCAACGGCAACGGCAUAGAGACUGCACACAUAGAGCCUGAAUCCAACGAAGAGAAAACAUUUCGAAACUGGAUGAACUCUCUUGGUGUUUCUCCAUAUGUCAACCACCUAUACUGUGACCUGUGUGAUGGUUUGGUGAUCAUGCAGCUUUAUGAGAAGGUUGAUGUGCCGGUGAACUGGAAGAAAGUCAACAACCCACCUUAUCCUGUUCUAGGGGCCAAUAUGAAGAAGCUGGAGAACUGCAACUAUGCUGUGGAGCUGGGCAGGGAUGUGGCUCACUUCUCUCUGGUUGGCAUCGGAGGAGAAAACUUGAAUGAGGGGAGCCGAAUGCACACCCUGGCGCUGAUCUGGCAGCUGAUGAGGAGGUACACAGUGCAGGUGUUGUCAGAUCUGGGUGAUGGAGAGAAGGUCGGAGAUCAGAUCAUCCUCAGCUGGGUCAACACCACCUUGAGCCAGAAACGAAAAGAUACACAGAUCAGCAGCUUCAAGGACAAACUGAUCAGCACCAGUCUGCCAGUGAUUGACCUGAUCGACGUCAUUGCUCCCAGUACCGUCAAGUGGGACAUGGUGAAGAGAGGAGAGAAAGGAUGGCUGAAGGAUGCUGAUAAACUCAACAACGCAAAGUAUGCAAUCUCAUUGGCUCGUAAGAUCGGAGCUCGUGUCUACGCGCUGCCUGAGGAUUUGGUGAAAGUGAAUCCCAAGAUGGUGAUGACGCUGUUCGCCUCCCUCAUGGGCCACGGUUUGAAAAAGGCCAAACGCUGAAACGGACAUGAACAAAACACCUGGAAACCAACCACCAAUAUACGUUUUGUUUCUAAGCGCUUUUCAUCAUUGUUUCCCCCAUCUUUUCUAUCAUCAUCAUUUUCUUUGACCUUUAAACUUUCUGUGAUCAAAGCAAGACAGUCACGAAUGUUGGAAAUCAUUUCUUAUCAGCGAAGCCACUGCAUUUGCUAUCUGUGAUUUUAUAGAACAAACUCAUAAUUGUUGUUUGCUAUAUUUUUUAUAGCGCAUUAUAUCUAUUUACUUCUUCUGCUAUAUGACCAGAGAAGGAGAUUCAGCUAAAGCAAAAGCAGAAUCAUACACACCUUCCCUUUAUGCCUGUAAAUGUUGUGCACUUAAUAUUGCUAUUUAAUUAUUAAAGAGAAUCUAUUAAAUGUA